AUGCGCUUUAUCAGAUUCGCUCUGGCCGGUACGGCAUUGGCACUGCCAGGUUGCAAGAAUAUCAAAGUGGACAAUGAGAAGUACGAUCUGUCCGAUCUUGCCAAGACCUGGAUAAUUUCUGAGGAGAUUGAGACGCCUCCCACGUUGACGAACCUCACUUGGUACUAUAAUCCCUGCGGCGCCAUUGAGGAGUCCAAUUGCCCGCCAAAAUCUCAGCUUUGUGGUGUGGAACGAGUUACACGCGAUGGAACGACAGAAAUCACCCAAAUCAUCCCUAUCUAUUCGGAUGGAGAGAACGCAAGCCGCGCCGUGGAGGGCGCCAUUGAUGAGAACGCAGAGGGAAUUAGGUUUAUCUACAGUGGUGCUACGUGGGGCGAUAAAGCAGUUAGCGCAGAGGUUGUUUUCAAUUGCGGAACCGAGUCAAAAUAUGUGAGUGGUGCUGAUACUUGGGAAAACGAGUCGCUGCUCCUCACGUUCACAACGCCUUCUGUGUGUGCAGAUAGAAGCGAAAAGCCCCGCCCGCCUCCUAGCGAACCAGAUGAGUCCAGGGGAUUCUUCGGAUCCAUUUUCCACUUCUUCUGGAUGAUUUUCGUUUACUUGUUAGUGCUUGCUCUUAUCGUGGGCGUUAUACUAUUUAUCAGGUACCGCCAGACUGGUCAAGCACCCGUCUAUCGCGAGGAUCUCGAAAGCCUGCUUCGAGAUCUGCCCUAUUUGAUUCGCGACUUCUUCCGUAAAAUCCGCGAGACGUUUGGCGGUUCGUCUCGUGGCUAUGCUGCUCUUUAG